CACCCUUAUUCUAUCUCUCUUCCAUUUCUCCAUUGUUAACACCAGCCAGCCACCCUGCCUGCGAAGCCAAGUUUCAGAGAGUACAUUGGUUUUCAUGCCAAGCCAGGAAAAGGGUAGUACUACAUAGUUGUUGAGUUAAGUCUUGAAUCUUGAGUCCGAUCAUGAGUUGCAACGGCUGCCGAGUCUUACGGAAAGGCUGCAGUGAGUCUUGUAUAUUACGUCCUUGUUUGCAAUGGAUUGAGAGCCCUGAAGCUCAAGGCCACGCCACUGUUUUCGUUGCCAAGUUUUUCGGCCGUGCUGGUCUCAUGUCUUUUAUUUCAGCCGUUCCUGAAUCUCAACGCCCUGCUUUAUUCCAGUCGCUGUUGUUCGAAGCUUGUGGGAGAACAGUGAACCCUGUGAACGGAGCCGUGGGGCUUUUGUGGAACGGAAACUGGCACGUUUGCCAAGCGGCGGUGGAAACCGUCCUGCGAGGAGGAUCUCUACGUUCCAUGCCUGAACUCAUGGCUCCGACGCCAGCAUCCGACGAAGCGUCCGAAGCCACGUGCACGGACAUGUGGAAGUUGCGAGAGACAUCCACGAAUCUGAACUCCAACUGUCGAUUCUCAAAUUCGAGAUCCAGGGUUUCACCCAAGCGUAAAAGAGUCGAAGAAGAAUUCAAGAAGCUACAGCCCUCUGAUCUAGAUCUUGGCUUGACCCCGAGCUUUACGGGCAAGCGAGUUACCGAUAAUCGUCGACCAGGGACUCCGUCUAUGAACUCGGAGGAAUCUGUGACGACGACGUGCUUCGAAAGUGUUUUUGCAGAUCAACAAGGGCAAGGCAGCAGAGGAACUGAUAAAAAAUUACUCAAGUUGUUUGUUUGAAGAGGAGGGUUUUUUUUCUUUUUGGAAUGAUCUAGUUUCGAUGUAAUAUUCUUCAUUUCUACCACUACCACCACCGCAACCGGGGUUUAGAUUAUUUUUGGAUACUUCUGGGGAGGGGUUUCCCCGGAAAUGAAUUUUCCGGCGAGUUUGUGUAUUACCGGCACAUGGGAUUUCUCUCUUUUUCUUUUUACUUUUUUUUGGGAUUAUUUUUUGGUGUUAAAAGCUGUGAAAUUAGAGAGAAAAAUGAGAAUCUGUCGGUGAUCCUUUAAAAUCAAUUUUCUUUGGCUACUAUGUAACCCUUCUCUUUUCAUGAUCUUUGUGUUUAAGUCAUGAAUGUAUGCAUGGCAUGAAUAAAUCAGACUUAUAUUUUUCCCAGUUAA